CCUUUCUCGUUUUUUGUUUCAGAACAAUGCCGGCUUCGCGUUCGCGCUCGUCGCAGUCAGCGUCAUCGUCGGCGGCCGCGGCAGCCUCACAACCAGCCGCAAAUGCGUCGUCAGCACGAACCCAUGACAGUGAUUCCGUCGAGCACUCGGACCAGCGCGAGUCUCGCUUUGGUCACCUUCUGCAGCCCAUUCAGGACUUGACCAAAAAUUGGAACAUUGACAUUGCCAGCGAGCUCAACGACUACCUGAACGAGAUUGAACACAUUAGCGUGUCGUUCGACCAGGGCAUCACAACGCUCAACUUUGCCGAAGCCGCACUGCUCAUUCAGGGCUCGGCAUGCAUCUACAGCAAGAAAGUCGAGUACUUGUAUGCGCUCGUGUACCAAGUGCUGGAAAUGGUUGCCAACCGCCGCAAGGCCAUUCAAAAGCAGGCCACGUCCAUCAGCGCGGAAGGCAAGGACGACGACGCCCAGUUUGAGGACGAGGACGACUUCCUCGAACUUGAUGAUCUCAAGGAGAGCAACAACAUUGAUUUGGCCGACGACGAGUUUGAUCAACUGUCGUCUGAGCCAAAAGACGGCGGCGCCUCCAUUCAACUGAUUGCUCGAACUCCGCUGGCAUUGAUUCCACUGAGCGACAAGGAGAAGGAUGGCGUCACGUUGUUUGCUGCGAAUGGCGAGCCGUUGGGCAGUCGAUGCGACUUCCGCAUGAACACAUCGUUGAUGCACUCGUCUGGAGCACUCCUUCUGGACCUCGGCGAGCGAUUCCGGGUGGAGGAGCUUCAGACACGCUCUCAGCAAUCACAGAGCCAACCUCAACAGCAGCCAACACAGCAACCGAGCGUCGACCAGCUUGCAUCGGCUCUCGCUGCCAUGCCAAACAAACCCAUUCCCGAGUCCAACGAUGACCAAAACGACGGUGUCCACGACUGGCACUAUGACGACGACGAUGAUGAUGAUGGCCCUAUGGCAGACGAUGACGAUGGCCUCCAUGAUCCCACUGACGUGUUUAGCACCCAAAACGUGCUGACGGAGGUUGCGGCUGCAAAUGGGGAUGCGUUGAAACCUGCAUCGGCCGCCAGUGCUCUGCCAGAACGCAUGACUACGCGGAAAAUGGUGGCAGCAGUGGCAGAAGCUGUGCGCAACGGGUCCUCCGCUGCACUCGCCGCCUUUGUGGAUCCCUGGGCGCCACUGGAUCCGCACUUGCCAAACAAGGCCCUAGAGAAGCCUUUCAAAAAGGGCAAGACGUUCCGCAUUCCGGCUUGCUUGAAGGAGAGCAAGUCAGGUUCGGAUGCGUUCGCAACGGUCACCGCCCCGCUCAUUCCCAUCAGCGCAUUCUGCGCGGGCGUGGCCAACACCCACAAACCCGUCCCAACAAACAAGCUGAAGGGCCUAACCUUCUCGGAUCUAGACUACUUGUACUGGCCAGAACAAAAGCGACGAGAGUCGCAACGCAAGCAGGACAAGCAGCGCUUGAUGAGCCGAUUGCUGAUGACCGCCAAGGGCCGGCGAUUAGUGCGCCGCGAUGGUUGGGAUGCCGUCGAGUCGCCCUUCCUGGCGUCGGACAGCAUGCAGGACGCGCAGGCAGACAUGGCUGCGACCGACACACUUCGUCAAAGCAACAAUCUGCUCAAGGACGGCGAUGACGAUAUUUUCGGUGCUGGGCCCGGCUCGGAUGUCGGGUACGAUAACAAUGAUAAUGACGAUGACGACGACAACAACAAUGAGGAUUUGGUCUACUGGGGUGACGAUGGAGCGAACGAUUCCAACAGUGACGCUCCGGCUCGAGUGACAAUGACUGAUGCUGAAGCGGCCCUCUUCCGGGCUGGAGACGUGCAAGGCCAGCAACCGGUGGAAAUCACCAUGAGCUACGAAGAGCUUGUGCGCAACUAUGUCGACAAGUUCUUGAAGAGCGCCGUCUUGUACGCUCAAGAAACCGCGCUGUCCAAGCGUGUCGCCGAGUGGGAUGAGAAGAUUCGACCAUUUUUGCGCGAACAGGAUGAACGUCCGCCAUUCGAUAUGUUAGCCACAGGAUCCGUCCUUAUUCAAACUUUCAAGGAAAUUCCUGCUGCUGCAAAAGAACCUGUUCCGUUUAGCAAUGUUGUCUCCAACCACGAAGUGUUUGAAGUUUGCCGCAUGUUUGUUUCAUGCUUGCAACUGGCCAACCAAGGUAACGUUGCAAUUUCGCGCGACCAACUCGACCCGGACACGGGAAUGCGCGUCAAGUUCCUCCACGGCAAUGCCGUAUACAACUUUACUGGCGAGUCGGAAGAUGCGCCCGAGUCUCAAUCACAAAGGACGGAGGUAGCUGCUCCCAAUCUAGCCGCUUCCCCUGAAAAUGCCACCACAUCCAGCAGGACAAGCAAGGCGACCAAGUCGGCCAAAUCCUCCUCCAAAGCUACUGAACCCAUGGAAAAGCCGACCAAGGCUGUCGCACUCGGCAAAAAGCGCGGUGCAACAGCAAUCGCCUAAAACGGAUUCUUGUGAUUUCACGGAGAGCAGGCAGAGUUUUGAUGUCAGGUGCUGCUCUUGUGUGUUGUUAUGGUUGCUGUUGUUGUUGUUGCUGCUGCUGUG